UGGUUGGUAAAGUAUAAGAGAAAAGUAUAUAUCUAUGUGGAUUUUAAGUUGUUGGUUGAAACGGUGCGUUUUUAACGGAAGUUUUGAACUUGUUAAGAGAAUGGCGGGUUCGGAUGACUGUCAAUCCCUCAGUUCAUCCAUUUCAAAUGAUGAGACCCGCAACCGAGUUGGCCACUCGGAUAAGCCAAGCUCUAAUCUCUGCAUCAAAUAGCCGAAGCCCAACUCAAACUCGCCCAUGGACACCUUCACUGGAGUCAGUUCUACACAGAAUCGUCUCCCGUGACUCACUGAGUCCAUCACUCGUUGCUCAAGUAAUCGACCCUUGUCUCUUGACUCACCAUUCACUCGCACUCGGUUUUUUUAAUUGGGCAUCACAACAACCUGGGUUCACUCACAAUUCACUUACUUAUGACUCAAUUCUCAAAUCUCUCUCUCUUUCUCGUCAAUUUAAUGCUAUUGAGUAUGUCUUAAAACAAGUCAAAAACCAGAAUUUAACUCUCGAUUCUUCAACGCAGCGUUUUGUCAUUAGUUCUUUGAUCAGAGGGAGAAAGACCCAGGAUGCUUAUUUGGUUUUUAGUGAGGCAAAAUCACGGACUUUAGAUAUUGGGCCUGAAAUAUGUAACUCUCUUUUAGCUGUUUUGGGUUCUGAUGGGUACUUCGAUAAGGGUUUAAAAGUGUUUGAUGAAAUGCUUCUGAGAGGUGUUGCUUUUAAUACUGUUGGAUUUGGUGUGUUUAUUUGGAGGUUCUGUAGAGAUGCUAAUUUGAGUAAAGUUUUGAAUCUGUUAGAUCAAGUUAAGGAAGGUAAUUCAGUGAUCAACGGGUCGGUUAUUGCUGUUUUGGUUGUUCAUGGACUUUGUCAGGCUUCAAGAGUAAAUGAGGCUUUGUGGGUAUUGAAUGAAUUGAGGAUUAGGAACUGUAAACCAGAUUUUAUGGCAUAUAGGAUUGUGGCUGAAGCUUUUAGAUUAUCAGGGAGUUCAGCUGAUAUUAAUAAGGUGUUAAAGAUGAAGAGAAAGUUAGGGGUGGCACCGAGGAGUAAUGAUUAUAGGGAUUUUAUUUUGAGUUUGAUUGCGAAGAGAUUGGUACUUGAAGCGAAAGAAAUAGGUGAAGUUAUUGUGCAUGGUGAUUUUCCUAUUGAAGUUGAUGUUUUGAAUGCAUUGAUAGGAUCUGUAUCAAGCAUUGAUCCUAAUACUGCGAUGUUGUUUUUCCAUUACAUUAUUGGAAAAGGGAUGUUACCAACUCUUUUAACUUUAAGCAAUUUGAGCAGAAAUCUAUCUAGGCAUGGAAAGAUUGACGAAAUGCUAGAGGUAUACAAUGUCUUGUCUUCUAAAGAUUAUUUCUCUGAUCUGGAGGGUUAUAAUGUGAUGUUCUCGUUCUUAUGCAAGGCUGGGAAAAUAAGAGAGGCUUAUGGGGUUCUUCAGGAGAUGAAAAAGAAAGGGCUUGGCACAGAUAUCUCAAUGUACAACUGUUUAAUGGAAGCAUGCUGUAGAGAAGAUCUAUUGCGUCCUGCUAAGAAGCUUUGGGAUGAGAUGUUUGUAGUCGGAUGUGGAGUGAAUAUAAAAACUUAUAAUAUUCUUAUUGGAAAAUUCUCAGAAAUUGCUGAAGUUGAAGAGGCUAUGAGGCUCUUUCAUCACAUGUUGGAGAAAGGGAUAGCACCCAAUGCUACAACUUACACAUCCAUUCUCAAAGGGCUCUGUCAAGAAAGCAAGUUUGAUGCUGCUAUUGAGAUCUUUAGUAAAUCAAUUAAUCAGGAUUCCAAGCUGGCACAAAGGUUAUUGAGCACAUUCAUUAUAAACCUGUGCAAAAAAGGUCAAUUUCUCGCAGCUUCCAAGUUGCUCUGUGGCCCCGCUCAUGACAUAGGCCAUUCAGAUUCCCAUGUUGUUUUGCUGAAGUGUUUAGCUGAUGCAGAAGAGAUGAGCAUUGCUGUUGAACAUAUCAAGCAGAUUCGAGAAGCAUCAUCUCUCAUGUUGCAAGUCAUAUCUUCUGAACUUUCGGCCUUGCUUUCCUCUUCUUCAAAAUCAGAAUCUAUUUUAUUCUUGCUUGAAGCAAUUUCUGACAAAUGUAUAGAGUCCAAUGAUGAACCCUGGAAGCAUGUCUGCAACAUAUCAUACAAUUGAUGGUAGCUAAGCUUGAGGAGUGAAAUUUGGCUCUCCAAACUGGGAAGUGGCAGUACAUUUAGGAAUUUAACCAUUAAUUUGUUUCUUGACUUUCUUCCCAACUGGUCCUUUAAAUGGCUUAAGGUAAAAUAUCACAAAAUCAAUCAUCAGGAGGCAGAAGGUAGCAAACGUCAGACUUUACGAAAUCCAAUCUGAGAAUUUUCAUUUUUCAAAGUGUCUAACUACCAUAUGCAGAUCACAAGUGGUCUGGCUUUUGGAGGAAUACUACACAAUUCUAUUAUAAAUUGGAAGAUGUUCUGCUUCCCCA